AUGCAGAAAGCUUGGAUUUAUGAAGAACAUGGCCCAAAGGAAGUACUUGAGCUAAGAGAGAUUGCAGUUCCUCGUCUCAAGCACAAUCAGUUACUUGUUCAAGUUCGCGCUGCAGCUUUAAAUCCUAUUGACUCUAAGAUGCGCCAACGACCCAUUGUUCCUGCAUGUUUUCCUAUGAUCCCGGGCUGUGACAUGGCUGGUGUUGUGACAAAAAAAGGCGACAGCGUUUUGGAGUUCAAAAUAGGUGAUGAGGUAUAUGGUAACAUUCAGGACUUCUGUGCAGAUGAAGUUAAACAGCUUGGGACUUUAGCUGAAUUCAUCGUCGUGGAGGAGCAUCUGGUGGCUUUGAAGCCGAAAAACCUCUCAUUUGAGGAGGCGGCCAGUUUACCAGUGGCAGUUCAAACAGCAAUUCAGGGGUUCAGAACCGCGGGUUUUAAGGAGGGACAGUCAGUUUUUGUAGUUGGGGGAGCUGGUGGAGUCGGAACAUUGGUUGUUCAAUUGGCCAAGUACUUGUUUGGAGCUUCUAAGGUUGUGGCAACAACUAGUACUGCAAAACUCAAGUUUGUAAAGAGCUUAGGUGCUGAUACGGUUGUAGACUACACCAAGACUCGAUACGAGGACAUCAAGGAGAAGUAUGAUUUAGUAUAUGAUACCGUUGGUGACUCGAAGAAUUCAAGUAUUGUAGCUGAGGAUCACGCACCAAUAAUUGACAUAACAUGGCCUCCUUCGAAUCCAAGAGCAAUUCAUUCUGGUCUGACAGUCUCUGGAGAAAUUUUGGAAAAGCUUCGACCAUAUUUAGAAAGUGGAGUCCUCAAGGCCGUGAUUGAUCCUGCAGGACCUUUUCAUUUCUCCGACGUACCACAAGCUUUCGGAUAUCUAGAAACCGGAAGAGCCAGAGGAAAGGUUGUCGUAUCAUCUUUUCCGCGCCAGUCACCAUCCCUUAUGACAUUACUUAUCGAUUAAGUUGAUCAAGACACCUGAAAUGAACGUUGAUGUUCAUACCUAAGUUUAAUGUGUUAAUCAGUCUGAAAGCUCAUGUAUAAAGAAUGUAACUGGUAAUUUUCGGAAGAAAUAAAGUAUAGCUAAAGUUUCCAA